AUGGCUGGUGUUGUUUUGGAGACCUUGAGUUGGAAAAAACUCAUUACGCUUGGAAUUUUUCUUUUGGUUCUUCAAAUUGUCUUCUUUCUGAUCGGUGCUGUAAUCGCACCUGCACCAACUCAUGUCAUAUCGAUGACUGCCACUAGAUGCUACGACAGAAAUUCUUAUCGAGAAAAAGACCGAUGGUUUACGCCUCGUGGAAAAGGCGCUUGUGAAAGUCUCCUUAGUUUGGAUCCAAGUGACAAGAAGAUUCAAGAGGAAGGAAUUACAGCAGAACAAGUUGUCUUCUCAUUCUGGAUUCCAUGGCCGAGGGAUGGACACCAGUUGAAAAUGCAUCGUUAUUUCCAAUUUCUCCUAGCUGUUCUGCAGCUAGACAUUGAGUAUGACCCACAGAUUCCUCUAGCAAAUAAAGCCAAAUUGCAAAUGGAUAUUCGUUUAGCAGCUGGCAACAAGGAGGAUAAUGGAAAUUGGACACUGUUGGCAAGUUCAAUGGAGGACAGAAACAUUGAAUGUGACCUAACCAAAAAGAUGGAUAAAGGUGACAUCUACGACUGUGACCUACUUCAGCUGUUUGAGCUUGGCAGUGUCCACUACCAUUACUAUCUAGUCAACAUCCGGUUACCAACAUUUCCAUUGAAGGGCGUCAACAUUGAUAUCGGCAAGAUUGUUGACAUGCACAUGCAUGGAAUUCACCAAAAUGGAGGCUUUAGUUUUGUGUGGUUCAGUUUGAAGACUGCGAUGUUUCCCAUGAUUCUUGGAAUUUUGAUCUGGUUCUGGAGGAGAAUAACUCAGAUGUGCAGACCCCCAAAUCUUCUAGAAAGGACACUGUUUUCCCUGGGAAUUGUCAUGACCAUCCUGAAUUGUCCAAUUGAAUGGUUUACCUUGGCUUUUGACAUCCCAUUCAUGCUACUGCUCAAUGACAUACGACAAGGAGUAUUCUACGCUAUGCUUCUAUCCUUCUGGAUCAUCUUUACUGGAGAACAUGUCAUGGAUCAGACCGAGAGGAACCGCCUAUCUCUUUACUGGAAACACUUGGCAGCUGUUGUGUUUGGCUGCAUCUGCAUGUUUGUGUUUGAAAUGUGUGAAAGAGGUAUCCAGUUAAAAAAUCCAUUCUUCAGUGUUUGGACAACACCUACCGGUACCAAUCUGGCUCUGGCAUUCAUCAUUCUGGCAGGAGUUGCGGCAUGUUGCUAUUUCCUCUUCCUGUGCUAUAUGGUUGUGUGUGUUUUCAAAACCAUCAGUGCGAAACGGAUGACUCUGCCCAGCAUGAGUAGUCUUAGGAGGCGCUUCUACAUGGGCCUCAUCUACCGGUUUAAAUUCCUGAUGCUGGUCACUCUGUUUUGUUCUGCCAUGACUGUCAUUUUCUUCAUCAUCAGCCAGCUGAGUGAGGGUCAGUGGAAGUGGGGAGAUGAAGAUCUCAAUAUCCAAUACACCAGUGGAUUCUUCACCGGUGUGUAUGGCAUGUGGAACGUCUACAUCUUUGGAUUGCUGUCCAUGUAUGCUCCCUCUCACAAAACAGUGGUGGAAGUUGAUGCUGAUGAGAACAGCCAAGAAGAAUCUGUCCAGCUGACGCAGCUUCCUUCAUCCAGUCUCCCCGCCGAGACCUCUGCCCUGCAGGCUUUUGUCAGCAAGAGCGCCCAGGAAUAACCAAAUUAUGUGUCAGUGGUAACUGCUGCAUCUUCAGAAACCUAAAAACUUUUCCAAAAUUGUCUUACGAAAGAAGCAAGUUCUUUGUCAUGUGUAUUUGAUGAUUUGAAAGCAUUAAUUUGAAGACCAUUUGUUUGGCUGACUACUUUUACAAGGUUACUGUCUCUAGAUGAAGGAAGUUGAUUGAGGUUUGUAUGAACAUGUAAACUGCAAUAAUAUCUAUAGUAAUCAUUUAUGUUUUGUGUUUGUACAUUGUGAAAAUUCAUUUACUUUUGAAAAGUAUCUGUUACAUUUCUUCU